CGACUUUGACUACCUUGAUAAUGAGUAAUAAACUUUGUAGGCAUUAUCCUAAACAGUCUCUACUGCCAGUCUUAAGCAUGGAUGUGUUGAAUCUAAAAGUUUAUUAUGUAUUGAAUUGAAUUGGGCCUAUAAGUAAGGUGGGUAUUUUGCUCCAAUCUUAAAAGCUUUAAUAAAAUACUGUUGAGUGAUUCUCAUCUAAACGCUCUCAUAUUUGCUACUAUCCUGCAACUUUGGUAUCAGUGGCGGAACUAGGGGGUGCGAGCCGGUGCCGCCGCCACCCCUUUGCCGGAGAUGCUUAGGUAUGUAUAGGUAUAAGCUCCAUGGCGCCCCGGUCGUCUUCUACCUUUCCCCUUCCGCACCAGCUCGGCAGCUCUGUCCGUUUGUGCGUAGGUGGUCCGUUUGUGCGUAGGUGGGGUUGGGGGUCUUUGCUUCUUCCGACCUUCCAGCUGGUGGGUUGUUUAUUUUUAUGUUUUUUAAUUAAAAUAAGCAGGUGGUCCGUUUGUGCGUAGGUGGGGUUGGGGGUCUUUGCUACUUCCGACCUUCCAGCUGGUGGGUUGUUUAUUUUUAUGUUUUUUAAUUGAAAUCAAAGUUUCAAACGACGUCGUUAGAUUAAAUGAUGCGAAAUUUAAACGACAUCGCACAACCAAUAAACUUAAGAGGGUGAAUGGACAGCUGGCCUGAGCUGGGGCUGUAAUUAUUACUCCGUAUGAGUUAAUUUCAAAACAUUAGGGAAAACGAAACGAGCAGGCUGCAGGGGACUAGCCGACUUGGGGAGUAGUGCGAUUUAGUGGAUUUGGGAGUAUAAACUAAAUGUUAUUGUAUUGUUGAUUUUGUUUAUGCUUUUACCGAUUUAGCAAUUGGUUUUGAACUUGAUCACUAAUUUUAUCUCUGGAUUUAGUUACUUCGUAUUCCGUAAUUAACUUCCCCAUUUUGAUUUUUUUAAUAAUCUCUAUCUUGUAUAUUAGUUUAAAUUGUUUUACUAGUUUAAAUAACCUAAAUAAAUAAAAAUGACUAUUGGUGUAUUAAAAAAUGUGUUAUAUGUUGAUUUACAUUUUAUAAUUUUAUAUGUGAAGUUUAUGAUUUAUAAUUUUUUAUUUUGUUAGAUUACAUAUGUCUAUAUAAUACUCCCUCCGGUUCUAAAACAAGUUCCGGUUUUGACUUCACGCAUAUUAAGAAAACAAAUUUGACUUUACUUUGGAGUGCACUGUUUGGACAUUGUUUGAACACUGUUUGACACUGUUUGGCAUUGUUUUGAUGUAGAUAAUUGCCAAAUAAGGAAAUGUUUGAUUGUUUGAAAGUGGAGCUUAAUUUUGGUACUGUCCGAAAAGGAAAGGUGGAACUUGUUCUAGAACCGGAGGGAGUAAUUUGUAAUACGGAAUAGUCGGUUUUUGGGUAACGAAGAAAGCAAUAGGAAAAAUGGUCUUGUAUGGAAUUUGAUCCGCCCCCCUUCAAAUAUGUUUCUGGUUCCGCCACCGUUUGGUAUUGAGCUACUAUUCUGCAACUUUGACUAAUUAUCCUGUUUUGGGGUUUCCAAGUCUGCAUUGGAUUGCAUUCUAGAAGUGGGAAAAGAUCAGUGAGCCAUGCAAAGAGGAAGAAAGAAUUUGAAAAGAGCUGUAAAUGAAAAAACUGCAACUCUUCAACAAGGACAAUGCAUUAUGCAAGUAGUUGACCUCCGUGGCUCCAAUCAAAUUGAGGUAAUGGAUGCAAAGGGUGAUAAGUCAAUAGCAAUCUUCCCAGCUAAGUUUCAAAAGAGCAUGUGGAUUAAAAGAGGGAACUUUGUCGUGGUUGAUGAGAGUGGGAGAGAGGAGGAAAUGGGGUCAGGGAGAAAAGUGGGUUGCACUGUUGCACAAGUCCUCUACCAUGAUCAAGUUCGUGAGUAUAAAAAGUCUCCAGAAUGGCCAGAUAUCUUCAGAUCGAAAGCAAUUGAACCUCCAAUGCAAAGUUUAAAAAAGCAAACUCCUCAAACAUGUGAUGUUGAAAACUCAAGUGAUGAUGAUGGACUUCCUCCAUUAGAAGCCAAUACAAAUAGAAUAAUAGCAUUCCAAUCCGAGCAAGAUACAGACUUGGAUUCUGAUGGUGAUUCCUGACUUCACUUCUAAUUGUUAGCUACACAAAGUGAAAGCAAAUAAUCUAGAGUGGAUUGAGAACUUUUUCAAAUCACAUAUGUUGAGUCAAAAUUGCAGGCUUUUGAUGUUCUAGUAAACCUGCGUAUGCAUUUCGAGGACUUCACUUUUGGCAUUUCCAUUAUGGGGGGUAACCGAUUGGUGUUUGGAUUUAAGGGAAGAAGGGAGUUUUAAGGGAGAGGCCAUCCACAUCGUUACUUUUAUUUGGGAAGUAAUUAAGUAAAUGAAUAAAGGCUAACAUGGGAUGCUACUGGUUGCAAUAAUUAUUCGCCAUAGUAGAAAGAACACCAAUGAUUAAGAAGGAUGAUUUUCCUUCUUCAAGAACACCAAAAAUAGUGUAAUAAAGUAUAACAAUUGGAAU